AUGUUGGAUUGUUGUUAUGCAAUCAUCGGUUAUUACCCAAACUACAAUGAUGGACUGAGGAUAAAUGUUACAGAGAAUCUUAAACCUGUAGUGAGUGUUGAUCCUGACACACAGUUGUUCAGAGGAGAAACUGUUACUCUGAGAUGUGACAUACAGGAUACAAGAGACACUGAGUGGACAUACAGCUGGACUGUAGAGAAGACAAAUAACAGAAAUAUAAUCGCACAAUGCAACACACAAGAGUGUAAAAUCAACAACAUUCAACAGACCGACAGUGGUAAAUACACCUGUAGAGGAAAGAUACGUGAACACAACACUGAGAUGAGUGAUUCUGUUACACUGACUGUAUCAUCAGAAAUAAAACCAAAACCUAAACUCACAUCAGAUACUGAAGGAUCUGUACUGACAGGUAACACAGUGACUCUGAAGUGUCACAUUGAUCAGUCUACUGGAUGGAAGUUUUACUGGUACAACAACACACAAAACACUGAGAAGACGACAACAGAUACAAACUCUUACAAAAUCCACAGUGUUAAAGUUUCAGAUGGAGGUCAGUACUGGUGUAGAGCUGGAAGAGGAAAACCAGACUAUUACACAGACUACAGUGAUGGACUGUGGAUAAAUGUUACAGAGAAUCUUAAACCUGUAGUGAGUGUUUAUCCUGACAAACAGCUGUUCAGAGGAGAAACUGUUACUCUGAGAUGUGACAUACAGAAUACAGGAGACACUGAGUGGACAUACAGCUGGACUGUAAAGAAGACACAAACCAGCAAUAUAAUAACACAAUGCAACACACAAGAGUGUAAAAUCACCAAAAUUCAACAGAAUGACAGUGGUAAAUACACCUGUAGAGGAAAGAUACGUAAACAAAACACUAUGAUGAGUGAUGCUGUUACACUGACUGUAUCAUCAGAUAAACGACCAACAGUUUUAAGUGUUUCUCCACAGCAGUGGUUGACUGAAGGAGAUUCAGUGACUCUGAUGUGUGAGGUUAGAAGUUCAUCUACAGGCUGGACAUUCAGCUGGUUUACUCUACAGAGUCCCUCCUCAGUGAAUAAAGAUGUAAAUCAUGAGCUGGUGUCAAACCGCAGUAGAGGAUCUAAAGGCAACUACACAGUGGGUUCAGUGACUGUGAAGCACACAGGAGUUUAUAUGUGCAGUGCAGAGAGAGGAGAUCCAGUCUAUCACACAAAGUACAGUAACAGAAAAAUACUGUGGAUCACUGGUGUUUCUCCUUCAGUCUCUCUGAUCAUCAGACCCAACAGAUCUCAACACUUCUCAUCUGAAUCUCUCUCUCUGAGCUGUGAGGAUCACAGUAACUCUACUGGAUGGACAGUGAGAAGAUACACAGACAAACUGAAACCUUGUUCAUCAUCAGACUGGAGAUCUACAGGAACAACAUCUACAUGUACAAUCAGAUCUCUCAACACAUCUGAUACUGGAGUGUACUGGUGUCAGUCUGAAUCUGGAGAGAAACUUCAUCCUGUUAAUAUCUCAGUACACAUUGUUGAUGUGAUUCUGGACAGUCCUGUUCAUCCUGUGACUGAAGGAGAUCCUCUGACUCUACGCUGUUUAUAUCGAGAUAAAAACUCCUCUAACCUGAGAGCUGAAUUUUAUAAAGAUGGAUCAGUGGUGCAGAAUCAGACUACAGGAGACAUGAUGAUCAUCCCUACAGUCUCAAAGUCACAUGAGGGUUUCUACUACUGUAAAUACCCAGAGAAGCAAGAGUCUCCAAAAAGCUGGAUCUCAGUCAGAGCCUCGAGUUUUCUGUCUCCUGGUUUGAUAAUUGGAGUGGGUGCUGGACUGGGUGUCAUGUUUUUGAUAAUUUUCUUGGUCAUCCUGGGGAUCUACAAAAACAGAAAAGCUGUUAGUCAGAACAUCCGUCAAACAUCAGAUCAGAAACAAAGUGAAGACGAUCCACUGCAGUCUGGAGAUGCUCAUAUUUAUGACUCAGUUGAUUCAACAGAUAAUAAAGACACAAGCGCAGUGACUCAGGCCGGCCCCAGUGAUGUCCUUUAUUCACAGGUCAGCUUCAAGAAAAAACUCAAGAAGAAAGACAAUGUAAGUGAAGAUGCUGAUGUUACUUAUGCUGAUAUUGAACUGAAACCUAAGAAAGAAAUGAAGAAAAAGAAAGAAAAGAAAGGGAGUACCAGUGAAGGUGGUGAUGCUCUCUACGCUCAAGUGAACAAGAAAAGUGGUAAAGUUGCUUCUGGAUCUGAUGAUGUGACUUAUGCUCAGAUUAAAUUGAAGCCCAUAUGAAUAAAGAAAGGAAUACAUUUACUAAUAUUUAAUAUCAUCAGUACAAACCUAAAUGAUUGCAAAUCAAACUUUAAAACUGUAAAAAAGCAGAAUAUACUGUACAUUGAAUGGAAAUAUGAGGGUUAUGAGAGUUAUCUUUUUAUAUGUCGACUUGAUCUUUAUUUGUUUGAUGGGUGAUAUUCAUAUGGUAGCUAGUUAGUUACAGCCAUAACAUUCGACUCAUCUUAUCUACUGAAGUGUCAUGUGAUGAUUUUGGCCUUUGCCAGUUACAGUAACAGGUCAUCUAAACCUGAAGAGUAAAAAAAAAUGUUUUUUAUUAUUAUUAUGUCUUGGUUUAAAAAGUUUAAAGAAAACAUUACUUUAUAUGUCAGGUUGCUCAUUUAUAUUUAGUUAAUGUUGUAGGAAUAAUGUAAUACUUUAGACAGAGUUAGGCCUUGAGUUAGCCUGAGGGUCUAUUCUAGUCGUCAUCUUCUGUAUACAGUAGUGAUUACAUUGACAUAUUACACUCACCUAAAGGAUUAUUAGGAACACCUGUUCAAUUUCUCAUUAAUGCAAUUAUCUAAUCAACCAAUCACAUGGCAGUUGCUUCAAUGCAUUUAGGGGUGUGGUCCUGGUAAAGACAAUCUCCUGAACUCUAAACUGAAUGUUAGAAUGGUAAAGAAAGGUGAUUUAAUUAAUUUUGAGCGUGGCAUGGUUGUUGGUGCCAGAUGGGCCGGUCUAAGUUUUUCACAAUCUGCUCAGUUACUGGGAUUUUUACGCACAACCAUUUCUACGGUUUACAAAGAAUGGUGUGAAAAAGGAAAAACAUCCAGUAUGCGGCAGUCCUGUGGGCGAAAAUUAUUUGUUGAUGCUAGAGGUCAGAGGAGAAUGGGCCGACUGAUUCAAGCUGAUAGAAGAGCAACUUUGACUGAAAUAACCACUCGUUACUACUGAGGUAUGCAGCAAAGCAUUUGUGAAGCCACAACACGCACAACCUUGAGGCAAAUGGGCUACAACAGCAGAAGACCCCAUCGGGUACCACUCAUCUCCACUACAAAUAGGAAAAAGAGGCUAGAAUUUGCACAAGCUCACCAAAAUUAGACAGUUAUAGACUGGAAAAAUGUUGCCUGGUCUCGGAGUCAGAAUUUGGCGUAAGCAGAAUAAGAACAUGGAUCCAUCAUGCCUUGUUAACACUGUGCAGGCUGGUGGUGGUGGUGUAAUGGUGUGAGUGAUGUUUUCUUGGCACACUUUAGGCCCCUUUGUGCCAAUUGGGGAUCGUUUAAAUGCCACGACCUACCUGAGCAUUGUUUCUGACCAUGUCCAUCCCUUUAUGACCACCAAGUACCCAUCCUCUGAUGGCUACUUCCAGCAGGAUAAUGCACCAUGUCACAAAGCUCGAAUCAUUUCAAGUUGGUUUCUUGAACAUGACAAUGAGUUCACUGUACUAAAAUGGCCCCCACAGUCACCAGAUCUCAACCCAAUAGAGCAUCUUUGGGAUGUGGUGGAACGGGAGCUUUGUGCCCUGAAUGUGCAUCCCACAAAUCUCCAUCAACUGCAAGAUGCUAUCCUAUCAAUAUGGGCCAACAUUUCUAAAGAAUGCUUUCAGCGUCUUGUUGAAUCAAUGCCACAUAGAAUUAAGGCAGUUCUGAAGGCGAAAGGGGGUCAAACACAAUAUUAGUAUGGUGUUCCUAAUAAUCCUUUAGGUUAGUGUACGUCAGGUUGCUCAUUUAUAUUUUGUUAAUGUUGUAGGAAUAAUGUAAUACUUUAGAUGGAGUGAGGCCUUGAGUUUGUCUGAGGGUCUAUUCUAGUCAUCUUCUUCUGUAUAGUGAUUAUAUUGACAUAUUUUUUUUCACUUUAUGCAAUAGUAAAGUGAAGUGUUUUGUGAAAAUUAAACCACUAUGAUUAUGCUUUUAGUUCUGUCUUCUUGCCUAAUUAUGAACAAAUGUUUUUUUAUAUACUGUUAUAAGUUAAAAUGUGUUAUGCUAGAGGUUGCAGUUGUGUUAUGUAGAAAUCUAUGCACAUCUUUCUAUUCAAGUUAUAGGUUAUCUGAUGUUUGCUGUAUUUCAAAUCUAUAUUCAUGUUACAGUUCUCUUCAUACUGAUGCUCAUAGUCAUUCUCACUUCACAGUUUCUGAGAAUAAAUAUGAAACUUAACACCA